CGGUUACAAGCGCUGGGGGUGAGUUUCUCGGCUGCUUUCCUGCCUCUGGGUUGGGGUCAGGACGGCUGCGGCCGUGCCGAGGGGCUGCUUGAGUGUCCGAGCACCACCAUGGAGUACAUAAGCACACGGGGAGGCGCAGGGACUGUCGACUUCGAGAGGACCCUCUUCUCCGGCUUCGCAUCCGAUGGGGGCCUCUUCAUGCCCAAGCACAUCCCCUUGCUGGAUCGGGACACCCUGCGGAGCUGGAGCAGCCUCUCCUACCCGGAGCUGGUGAAGGAGCUGUGCUCCCUCUUCAUCACUGCUGACCUGGUCCCACGGAGCACACUCAGUGACCUGGUCGACAGGGCCUUCAGCAGGUUCAGACACAAGGAUAUCGUCCAUCUAUCCAGGCUGAAAGAUGGGCUGAACGUUUUGGAGCUCUGGCACGGGGUUACUUACGCAUUUAAGGACCUGUCCUUGUCCUGUACAGGGCAGCUUUUACAGUACUUCUUGGAGAAGAGGCAGAAGCACGUCACUGUUGUGGUGGGGACUUCAGGGGACACCGGGAGCUCAGCCAUCGAGAGCGUGAGAGGGCAGAAGAACAUGGACAUCUUUGUUCUGCUGCCCAAGGGGUUGUGCACCCAGAUACAAGAGCUUCAGAUGACCACCGUCAUUGAAGACAACGUCCACGUCUUUGCUGCUCAUGGGAACAGCGAUGAAAUUGAUGUGCCCAUCAAGGAACUGUUCGCCGAUGUUGAUUUUGCCCGAAAAUACAAUCUGAUGAGCUUGAAUUCAGUCAAUUGGUCCAGGAUCAUGGUGCAGAUUGCUCACCACUUCUAUGCUUACUUCCAAUGCGCCCCAUCCCUGGAUACCACCCCGCUGCCAGUGGUGGAAAUUGUUGUGCCAACAGGAGGAGGAGGAAAUAUCACAGCUGGAUGCAUUGCCCAGAAAAUGGGUCUCCCGGUUCUCCUUGUUGCUGUGGUGAACAGCAAUGACAUCAUUCACAGGACUGUCCAACAUGGAGAUUUCUCACUGUCAGAGAGCGUGAAGCCUACCUUAGCAUCAGCCAUGGAUAUUCAGGAGCCUUACAACGUGGAGAGGGUCCUCUGGCUGCUCUCAGGCUCCGACAGCCGCCUGAUAAAAACACUGAUGGAGCAAUUCAGCGCAUCAAACAGCCGGAAGCUGCCGGAGGAUUUGCACAGGAAGCUCUCUGAGACCUUGCGCUCAUGCUCAGCCUCAGAUGAGGACAUCGUGCGAGCCAUGCGGCGCUGCUGGGAGGAGAAUCACUACCAGCUGUGUCCUCACUCUGCUGUGGCUGCUCACUAUCACUACUCACACCCAGACAGCGUGCCCCGGUGUUGCUUAGCUCCAGCCUCCGCAGUCAAGUUCCAGGAUGCCCUGCUCCAAGCCGGCCUGGUUCCCCAGAUCCCCCCUGAAAUCACUGCCCUAACAGCGAUGGAGACCAGGUCUACCCCCCUGCAGCGGGGACAGGACUGGGCACAGGCGCUCAGGGAGCGGAUUGAAGCUGCAGCAAAGCGGUGGGAGGCACAGAGCAGUCGGUUGGGACCCCCAGGACAGCAGGAGAUCACCAGGCAGGGGAUCACACAGGGCAAGGCCAAUGCCUCAUAG